UUCGUGUCAACCUCCGCGCUGAACGCACGUCCGUUUGUGAGAUAUUCUAUUUUACGCACAUCUGUGUUGUGACUUGUGAAUAAGUGGUGUGAGUGUGAUUUCGAAUAAGGAAUGUGAAAAUGUAAGUUACGGAUCAUCAGAUCAAAGCCAUCGUUAUGAGAACGAUACGAAAUUUCGAUGUUCCAGCCAGAAGAAUGAAUAAAUAUUGCUAGAUAUGGCGGUCGGUCUCCUGUAUGGAGCGCUAGGCGCAUUAGCUCUGGUCACUCGAACUGGUUGUACAGACAACACAAAUGGUCUGGGUUCCGAUGUGCAAGAUGGGUACAGUGAUGUUGAGUUGGGGCUGGCGCAGCGAGGCCCCUAUUUCGACGUGGCGUACUCCAAGAAUGUCACUGCUUUAGUGGGAAAGACAGCACAACUUAACUGCCGGGUUCAUAAUCUUGGGAACAGAACGGUAUCAUGGAUAAGGCACCGUGACAUCCACCUGCUGACAUCUGGAAGGAUGACGUACACCUCUGACCAGAGGUUCAUCAGCGUUCACAACCCUCACACGGAGGACUGGAUACUGAAAGUGAGGUUCCCACAAAGAAGAGAUUCAGGCAUCUACGAAUGUCAAGUCGGCACUACUCCUCCAAUCGGCCAUCGGAUGUACCUCUCUGUCGUUGAGCCGCUAACAACAAUUCUCGGUGGACCAGAGCUGUUUAUAAACACCGAAAGCACGAUCAACUUGACCUGCGUCGUGCAGCACUCACCAGAACCGCCACCAGCCAUCCGGUGGACGCAUAAUGAUGAGGAAAUAAACUACGAUUCCCCUCGCGGCGGGGUGUCGGUGAUCACGGAGAAAGGGGAAAUGACCACGUCACACCUGCUGGUGCAGAAGGCGAGAGGAUCCGACUCCGGGAGGUACACCUGCGCGCCAGCCAACGCAAACCCUAGAUCAGUUCUCGUCCAUGUACUUAGUGGAGAGCACCCAGCCGCAAUGCAACACGGUGGUCAGUUACGCUUGCAGUAUCCACUGUCGGCAGCCCUACUCAGCGUCAUUGUAGCCCUUAUGGGUUGCUAGUACUUGAAUACAUUAGCUUUCUAACAUAUGUAUUUUUUUUAGGGCUGGCACGAUUAGGAAAAGCAAUUGAGAAAUUGAGACCAUCGUUUUUUUUAUUGUAGUUCAAUUUAUUAAAUGUUGCAUUGAACCCCUAGCUUUUUCAGACAGCCCUUUUGUACUUUAUUUUAUUUUAGGAAUAAAUAUUGUAUAAUUUUUAUCAGGGUUAGUAAACGUCUUAUAUAAUAAAAUUUGUAAAAUAUCUUCGCCAUUUUAAUGUUAAGUAUGAUAUGACCAAUUAGUUUGUUCAUUAAUAAAAAAUUUAUCUAAAAAUUGUCGAUGUAUAAAUACUGAAAAGUAGAUACAUAAAUUAUAAUUAAGGAAUAC